UAGUGUUUCAAUACCUAGCCAUUUUCUACUCAAAUAGGUUUGUCGUGUGCAUGCUGAAACUCUGUAGAUCGAAGCCCAGCUUCAUAGGUCGUGUGCAUGAUGAACUAAUACGUGAUCACCUUCAUGGAAGAAAGCCUGUAUCAUUUAUUAACUGCGGAGACUUCAUCUUUUAUUAGUUAGAUCUUCCAUGUUCUCAUGCCAUCGCUCAAACUGAUGAUUCUGCAUAUGACAGAGGGAGAGAGUUCCGUCAGUGCCAUCAUCAAAAUGAGUGAGAUCGUGACCACAUGGCCUACUCUUUAGACUACACUCAAAACCAUGCUCUGCACUUUGCCCUGCCUUCCAAGUGUGAUAGACAAAUCAAAGAGAAGCAUCUCUCUUCCAUGGCUUGCCUCUUUUAACUCUUUCACUACGUCCCAAGCCAUUAACACAGCAAGCACGCCCAAGCUUGCGCAAGUGACCAGUCGACCACCUUGUUAUUUGUUUCUACCCUUUUCCCUACCUCGCCUAACGUGACGACCUUGUUUUGUUUUCUGUCACUGAGGCCUUUAAAGCCUACUACUUCACCAGUUGCUACUUCCCUUGCUUCCAUGGAGGAAAGUUUCUUUUGGUUUUUCUGUGUGUUAGGCUUGAGUCCUCUUUCUUAGUGCUCUACCUGCAGAGCCAUGGCACUGGAAGCUGUAGUCUUCCCGCAAGACCUCUGUGGCUGCACCAUGAGGGAGUUGUUCGACACCGGAGGGGAGUUCUGGGGCUAUGGGGAAGAAGAAGAUGAUAACGAUCUAGAAGGCGAUGCAAGUGGCCAUGCUGCUGGGGAAGUCGUCAGGGGACAAAAUGGGGCUUUGGGCACCUCUUGCUCCACAACGGUGCAAAAUGUCGAUAAUUCCUCGUCGCCGGAGGCUGCCGAUGAGGCCUUCGACGUCAGGUCGAGGCCGGCAGAAAGUCGGAGAAAGAGGCAGCGGUGGAGGAGUCAGAAGAACCAGGAGGAGGUGGAAAUUCAAAGGAUGACUCACAUUGCGGUGGAGCGCAAUAGGAGGAAGCAGAUGAAUGAGUACCUUGCCGUGCUCAGGUCACUCAUGCCGGCCUCGUACGUGCAGAAGAGUGAUCAAGCAUCCAUAAUUGGAGGGGCAAUAAACUUCGUCAAGGAGCUCGAAAAGCUAGUUCAGACUCUGGAAGCCCGCAAAAGAAUCAAGCAACGAGCUGAUCCUGCUCCCUUUGCUGAGCUCUUCACCUUCUCCCGAUACUCAUCCAGCUCUUCUCAAAGGGCAAAGUUGGCCGCCGAUGAGAUAACCAGUGAGACUAAGAAGGCAGAGAAUAUGGCACCUGCGACUGACAUAGAGGUCUCCAUGGUCGACAGCCAUGCCAACCUCAAGGUCCUCUCACCGCGGCGACCGAAGCUGCUGCUGAAGUUGGUGGUAGGAUUGCAGAACCUCCACCUGAGCACCCUCCACCUCAAUGUCACCACCAUUGAUGACAUAGUCUUCUAUUCCUUUAGCCUAAAGGUGGAAGAAGAAUGCCAAUUGGCUUCAGUGGAUAAGAUUGCAACAGCAGUCCAUCAACUAAUUGGAAAGAUUCAAGAGGAGGCUGCCUUUGACUGCACCAUGUAACUGUGUUUUGAAGGCAACAUCUUUACUCUAGUAGUUUAGCUCCAAAUUCUUGUUCAGGGUCCCUGUUUCGCUGAACUGGUCUUUGUGCAAAUUUGUAGCUAUUUAGCCUAUGGUUUAUCCAGAACAUCAAGGAAGAUCUAUCGAAUUGUCAAAAAUGUUUUUUUUUUUUGAAUAAAUAUGAAAACUGAACCUGAAUGUGCUCG